AGCGGUCGCCGAGUGCGACUCGCCCGCGUUAUUGACCAAAGACCCGUCAACGUUCGACGCGGAUAGGAGGCGUCCGGAUAGGCGUCGCCCCGCUCGAUAGAAACGAGGCGACGCCUUGUUGACGCAAGUUCUUUUUCGGCCAUUCCUUUGCCUGGCGCGGGAGCUGGAAGAUUCUUCCUUCGGUCGGUUUGCCAGGCGACGCUCGCGAUAGCACUCGCGGGCGUCGUUAGCGAUCGUGAUGGCGUCUGAAUGGAAGGAAAAGGCUGGUGGCGACGAUUUCGACGAUGAGGGACUGCCCCUGCUGCGCAAGCACACCCAGGUUCGCGUGACGGGCAACAACCGCACGAAGAGCUCGCUCGUCGGCCUGACGGGCGUGGUGAAGAAGGCUGUGGGCCUCGGAGGAUGGCACUGGCUGAAACUGUCCAACGGACACGAGUGCAGGCUACAGAGGAACGCCCUCGCCGUCGUCGCCCUCCCCACCGGCGACGAGAUCGAUUCAUCGGACGACGACGACGACGACGCGCCGCCGCCGCUCGCAUCCGGCGGGUCCAGCGGGUCGGACCAAAAUAAUAAAAACACAGACCCGCCCCAGACGUGGGGCAAACGAGAAACGCGGAUGUAGAUAGAUGUACACGAUAGCCCCGAUUUUUUGGGCGCCACCGGGCUGGCGCCGCACCUAGUCACCCUGUCUGAACGACCCGUUGUAUAAGAUGACAUGCCG